GAAAAACAAUGCGACAGCGACACACUGCAGAUGCCAUCGUCGGUGAUUUUGCGUUAGUGUUUUGUGUUGUGAUUUUAAGGUUGAAAUUUCAGUGAGUAUAAUAACUUCUAAAAUGCCAAAGGUUCGUAAAUCGAGAAAAAGGACACCAGAAGGAUGGGAGUUAAUUGAGCCAACUUUAGAUGAAUUGGACCAGAAAAUGAGAGAAGCUGAAACAGAACCACAUGAAGGCAAAAGAAAAGUUGAAGCUCUUUGGCCAAUAUUUAAAAUUCAUCAUCAAAAGUCCCGCUACAUAUUUGAUCUAUUCUACAAACGAAAAGCAAUCACAAGGGGUAAGAUUAAAAAAUAUAUUUAGUUGUAUUUGUUUGAU